ACUGGCCUCUCACAGCGAAUCUCUCUUCUUCUCUCUAAAAUUGAAAGCUUUCCAGCUGGAGUUGCAACCCGCCGUAGAGCCGCGUCUUGUUAGAGCACGGCCUUGCAGAACCAACGCGCAUUUUAUAUUUUCUGCCACCAUACCGAAGUUUUGAGCCUUUGAUCAGACAGACUGAGUUUUCGUCGGAACUCAUCUUUUUUAUUGGUUAAUACUCGUAAAUUAAGACUCUACUAGGGAUCCCAAUUCCUUCAAGGUCCUCUUCCAGGAUACUCUUCACUGGACUCAUCGGAACUUGUCUUCGAGAAAGUCCAUGGAGUUUAACUUUCGUGCGGGGGAUCUGAGGACACCGUCUUUUCAACUCCCUUCUCUGGUACAAAGCCAUUUCUCCGACCCCUCCUUGUUGCGAGGUUUGUAUUGUGGUUUUCCGGUGCCGAACACUGAGCAAAUACGGAAUCCGAACGCCCACGGCGAUGAUAUACUAAGGAAGCUGGAGAAAGAGCGAAUCAGGCAAGAGAUAAUCUCCGGCGAGAUAGCGAGGAGGCGAAUGCUGGAGGAGGAAGUAAGAAGAGAGCUGAUGCUGGAGAGAGAACUGGCUUUCCGAAGGAGUUUGGGAGAAAAGUUCUUGCUUGAUGAGCAGAUGGCAAUAGGCUUGAAUCCCAGACUCAACGUAAUUCCUGCUUAUGAUACCCGCCCACUUGGGGAACGAAUCUCAUUUCCGCAAACUGUGCCCCAACUUGCUCAAUCUGUGAAACCUGCUGAUCCUAAGAUUAACAUGGAAAAAUUGAUCAUGCUGGCUCAGCCAAGCCCAGAAAUGUAUAGACAAAAGCGGAAAGCUGUGAAACAAGAUGCUGAUGAUGAUGCAGAGCAUUGUCCAGUUGUGAACAAAAAACCGAAGGAUGACUGGAGCUGUGAACUAUGUAGUGUGCGUGUCACAAGUGAGAAAGCUUUCAACGAACACCUUCAAGGUAAAAAGCACAAGGCUAGGGAAUCUGCAAAAAAGAGAAUGCAGAAGACCGAUACGAAUGCUGGCUCAUCAUCAACAUCAAAGAACGUCGAACACUCUCCGAAACCUAUUGAAACUACUGUGACCGCUACAACUUCAGAUUUGGAAGCCGAUGUUCAAGCUCAACCUGAAGUGACAAGGGUAGGCAAAGAUGUUGUGGAAGUCAAAACCAAAGAUGAGGAGGUUGUGGUGAAGAUCCAAAGUACACAAGAUGCAGAAAAGCAAAAGGGGACUGAGGCAGAGCAGGCAAGGAUACCAGACGCAGUGAACAAGAGAUACAAGUUUUGGUGUGACCUCUGCCAUGUUGGAUCUUUCUCUCCUGUGGUGAUGGAGAACCACAGGUUGGGAAGAAAGCACACCAACCGAUUAAAGAGAUUGCAGCGAAACGCUGACAGUGCUCCUUCCACAUCUGCAGUUCCAAAAGCUACUCCGUCAUUGACAAAAGAUGCAGAUGGUCGUCCGCAUGAUGAUUGUGUGGUGGUGGAAGGUUUCCUAAACGGUAAAUCCUGUCUGGCAGCAUAAUUUAGAGAUUGUAAAGUUGUGGGAGAACUAGGAUUGCACAAAAAUGUUACAAAUCCUGUAACUGCUAGCAUAUCAUGUAUACUUAGUGUUAGUUGACUUAAUCAGACAUUUUAUAUUUCUUAGGCUCUACUCCAAGUGAGAUAUGUAACCUGUUAUCAUCUAAUAGAUAGCGGCUGGAUUAAUUAAAAAGCCUAUUAACUGCAA